AUGGCCGACGCCUUCUCCCACGAAGCGUUCCGGCGCAGCCUCCAGCGCGACUUUGACCUGUCGGCCGCGAUCGCCGAGCUCAACAAGUGUCUCGCCCAGCCACGGCAGGUAUUUGACGUCUACAACGGCCUCGACGACGACGUGAGCCACACGCCGCUCUUUUACAUCCUGGAUGCCGACCCGCGCGUCCAGCGCAAGCUCGACCCCACGCAGCUCUUGCAGCAUCCCGUGCUCCGCCAAGUCAUUGCAAUGAAAUGGCAGAACUUUGGGCUUCGGCGGUACACCGAACAACUCGUCAUGUACACGCUCUUGCUGCUCUCGAUGGGGCUCACGACCACCGAGUCGUACGCACCGGAGUUCAUCGCCCUUGAGAUGGCACUUGCGCUCGUCUACGUGGCGUGCCGAGGCUUGCGCUACCCGACGCGGCACUGUUUCGCGAUUGCAACCGCCUUUCUUGUCGCCCUCGUCGUCGCCACGCUCCCGCCGGCGCUCGAGGCCCAUGCGUCGCAUGCCGUCCUCGCCACCAUGACGCACGUCGUGCUGCUUCUCUCAGCGCUGUACUUUGCUGUCUUUGAGCUCAACGAGAUGUUUGCUGAAGUUGACCCGUCCAACCGCGAGCUCGACUUGGGCUGUGCAAGCCCAUUGCUCAAGAAAGUCCUCUACUAUGCACUCUUUUGCCCGAUUUCGGUCGUUGUGCAAUUUGUGUUGCUGCUCUGCGGUGCGAGCGACGCCAAGUACUUUGCGGCCUCGGAUUUCAACAAAUUGCAGCUGCCAGCGUUUGUCGCCACUUGCGUCGUCGCGGGCAGUGCGCUGCAAGGCACGCAUCUAAGUUCGCUGAGCCUCUCGCUCCAGCUCGUGCUCUGGGUGCUCUCGCUGCAGUACUUUGAAGUCCACGCCGUCCUUGGCGUCUACGUCCACCUCCUCAAGCGCAUGCUGCGUCAAGUGCUCGCGGUCCUC